GCGUCAAUCACUUACACCUGUGCUGAUGUCGUCAGAGGUUCUCCUACAGCUGAACGUCAGACCCAGAGGAUGGAGGUGAGGCCGCAGAGAAUCUUUUCUUGGUGGAUUAUCUUUAUUAUCUACCUUCACGCGCUCGCAGAAGUUCGGUUAGUUAAAAGUCAAAACUCCAGGUCAGAAAACGGCCGCAAACCGACCAGAACUCAGAACUACAUCCGGUUCCAAGAAUCCACCGUCUCCAAACAGCUGCAAAGCGCGGAGUUGAGCACUCGCCUCAGGCCCAUCACGGUCAAAUGUCAUCCGGACUCUCUAGAGGUGGUGGUUCAGGCUGACCUGUUUGAGACGGGUAUUCAAAUAGAUGGUCAACAUCUGCGUCUGGGUCUGGGUCUGGGUCUGGGUCUGGACCCAGUGUCUGGGAGUAGUAGUUGUACAGCAGUUCCAUCAGGAGAGGCUGAAUUCACCAUCCGGGCCAGGCUGACGGACUGUGGAACCAAACUCUCAUCCACCAAAGAGAAGAUUAUCUACUCUACUGUUCUGAUCUACUCACCUGAAUCUUCUUCUAAUCAUUUACAAAGACUGGAUGCAGCAACAAUUCCAGUUGAAUGCCAUUAUGACAGGAAAUAUUCUGUGGAUAGUUUUUCUCUGCAGCCCACCUGGGUUCCUCUCGUCUCCAUGACAACAGCAGAGAACCGUCUGUAUUUCACACUCAAACUCAUGACCGACGACUGGCAGUUUGAGAGAACGCCGCCCUUUUAUUUUCUGGGUGACACCGUUAACUUCGAAGUCUCUGCCAUUGUUGACCACUACGCCCCUCUACGUGUCUUCGUUGACCGUUGCACAGCUACGUCUGCUGCUGAUACGAAAGACAACGCAAAAUAUGACUUUAUUGAACAUGGUUGUCUCACUGAUGCCUACCUGACAAACUCCAACUCCCACUUUAAGCCCAGAGUCAAGCAGCACAAGCUGAGGUUCCAGAUGGAUGCAUUCAAGUUUCACCAGCAGCCUACACGUGAGAUUUAUAUAAACUGCUACGUUAAGGCUGUUCCUGCCUCAACAAUCAACUCACAGAACAGGGCUUGUUCCUAUUUGGAGAAAAGAUGGUGGUCAGUUGAUGGGAACGACCAGGCGUGCAGAAGCUGUGAUGUCUCCUAUCAGUCGAAGGAGCCGAAACCGACACACAACCCCAUGUCUGUCGUCAGCACCACAGCUUGGUCUGCUGUAGUUACAGGACAAACCUUAAUAAAGACCGGACCUGAUCCUCCUUCUGUCAGUUACAUCCGCUUCCGUCCAGGAAUGCAACAGAGCCAGAACAGCAUCCGUCAUCAGUCGUCCGGUGGAGUAAUGAAGAGGAGCGCAGACGACACAACAGUGAAAACUGAACGACUGGGACCUCUCACUGCACUAACAUCCAGCAAGGUUGAACCAAGGACAGUAGGUUCCAGAAGUGUGCUUCAACUGAAGAAGACCAGCUAAAAGUCUGUAUCCCACAUUAUAAACUGAUUUAAAACCAACAUUGAUUUGGCACAAACAAAACACUUUUCUUUCGGUUUGUCAGUGUUUUGUUACAGUUGUAUCUCAGUGAAAACAAAAUCAAAUGCAUGUCUCUGUUUUCCUGUUUUCUACUGAGGUUUGUGAUUCCUAUCUCAGUCAUGUGAUAUCUGAUAUUUACAAAAUCCAACAUCCUGUAGUUGUAGGGCGAGGAACCUGAUUAUGGCUUUAGCAAACAAUUUAAUUAGGAUUGGAUUUUAAGCACUCAGACUCAUUAGGGUCUAGGCAUCAGAAGUGGAAGCCAAUUGGAUGCUUUUGGUUAAAACACACAAAUGCUCAAUCCUUCCUUUUGACUUUCAACAUACAUAUUCAUCAGAAACCAGGCUGGUCGUUUGAACCAAGGAGAAGAGCAGACUAUUGCUAUUACGGAGCACUUCCCUCCAUUACCACCCACAACCUACUCAUCAUAUAGUCAUAUAAUUGAUUAAUCAUUGUGAGGCUGUAUAAUGGAAUAAAAAGGAUAGCCUUUACUGCCACUUCCAGCAGAAUGAGUUGCAGUUCUCUGUGAAUUAUGACCAAAAAACUGUAUGUAAGCUUUUCAUUCAAUUCAAAAAAUUGCAUUUUUUGUUCUAUUACAAUCUAGUGAUCAUA